AAGUGAAAAGGACCCAUUUCCACAAAUCAUUAAACUUGGACGACAUAAUAAUAUAGUAUGACCAAUUAGUAAACGAUACUAAGUGGGAUUUGGGAAGUUCCAAUCAAGCUAAUUAAAAGUUGUGUUCUAUAAAGGACCUCAUUCAUAUCUGCACAAGCACAACUAUUAUAAGAACUCUUAUAUUAUUCCACCAAUCAACACCAACUACAAGAUUAGCCAAGCAGUAGUAGCACCCCAAAAAAAAAACAUAAACAUUCGGCUGAUAUAUACUACUAUAUAUCAUCAACCACCAGCAUGCAACCUCCACAACGUUUAUUGCCCAUCCAUGCCGGACACUAUGCAACGCUAGUCAGGGAAGACCUAAAUGCCUUCAGGAGUGCAAUAAACCAAGAUGCCAACAUACCUAAUCUCGUUUGCGAGUCUGACGGCAGCAGCCUCCUUCAUCUAGCAGCCAGUGUAGGGCACAUAAGAUACAUUAAUUUCAUUGUCCAAGUAAGUCCAACACUUCUUUACAAGACAAACUCUAACAGCGAUCUUCCCGUCCAUGUUGCCUCAAGGAACGGCGAGCUAGAGGCCGUUAGGACGUUGAUAUCUCAUUCGGCUGCACAACCGCGAAAUAAUGCUGAUGAUGAGAUAUCAAUGUUGGAGGCAAAAAACAUGGAUGGGAACACUGCUCUUCAUAUUGCAUUAGAAAAUCAGCAAGAAGAAAUGGCGAAAUGCUUGGUUGAGAAAUGCCCACAAACAUUCUACAAGUUGAACGCACAGGAGAUUUCUCCACUUUACCUGGCUAUUCAAGCACAAUUCUGGGAGCUUGCCAAGUACAUGCUUUCCACACACAUCGUUAAUCAGUGUCCCGAUGCUCCAAAUCACUUAAAUCUUCCCGAGGCGAAGUCAGUUAUUCAUGCAGCAAUUACAGCAAAAAACAAAGAUAUCUUUGGAAUGAUUAGCAACCAAUACACGGAAGUCGUACGAUAUAAGACAGAUGAAAGGGGAAUGACACCAAUUUCAUAUGCUGCUUACACAGGCUUCCUUGAUGGAGUUAAGUACAUAUUUAGUAACAAUAGGUUGCAAAACCAAGCCUUCAAAAUCGACGAAAACGGGUUAUUUCCUAUUCAUUGGGCCUGCAUGGGAGGUAAUGUUGACGUAGUCAAGGAGUUCAUUUCACAUUUUUCUGUAAGAGCCAUGUUAUUAGUUAGCAAGAAGGGACACAAUAUCCUACAUGUGGCAGCUGCAAGUGGGAAAACUGUGUUUGUUACUGCCCCAAAAUUAGUAGUGGACUAAGUAG